AACGUCCUUCAACGGUGGUAUUUGUAAUGGAAGGAAUAACUAAGAAAAACGUAAACACCUCGAGCAAAGCAAAUAAAUGUAUAUACUACAUAUAGUCUUCAAGGUAGUAUGAAGAACAGUGGACAUAAGAAAUAUAUCAAGAAUUGUGAAGGCCAACGGCAUAAACAACUUUUUCGCUACAGCUAAUGGAGGCGAUGCCCACGCAAGUAGCGGAAAUUUGUACUAGAAAAACAAGUUAAUUAACGAAGCUGACACAAAGUUGAGGUAAUCAAAAGCAGAAGAAGAAGCCAAAUAAGAGAAAGAAGAAGCACCAAGGUAUACAUAUGCACAUACAUAUUUCAAUGGGAAUGCAUAUAAUUGGAGUGUGCCAUAGAAAAGCAAGUUGAGUGCAAGAACUAGAAGCUCAAAACUCAAAAUAAGAGAUUGCAAGGCAAAGCAACAACAGUAAGGCACUUCGAAAUUCCACAAUAGCACCGAAAGUAGAAGUACAAAAAAAAAAAUAAUACUUUGAAUUAGCCAAAACCAAGUACACUUCGCAUGCUCGCCAUUGGCGUAUGCCGAGGUGUGUUUUUUUUUGUUGUUUGCCUCAUUAGAGCGCGUCAAGCGUCGUGAAAAGCAAAACAAUUAGCCAUGGAUUGAAUAGAGACUCACAGCGCGCAAAUGGAAGCGCGCUAAAAAACUAUUUUUGCUAUAAGAAAAUUGAAACAACAGAAAAAGAGAGAGAUAGAGAUAAAGAGAGAGAUAGACAGGGAGCAAGAGAGUAAUUGUUUCGAGCAGAAAAUUCCCUACAAAAAUUAUAUGUUUGUCACAAAAAACUUAAGUACAAGUUCUGACGCUACAAAUUAAAUUGUAACUUCCGUAUGCUGUUUGCAACAAAAGCAACAAAAGCACACAUUAAAAUCACAAUUUAAGCAAAAAAAUAAGAAGAAGCUGCGCAAGUCGUGAGUAUGGUUAGUGCGCCACAAAAUUAAAUAAAAUAAAAAAAUAAAAAUUAAUGAAUUAAAAAAAGGUAACCACAAAACUGCAAAAAUAGAAAAAGCAAAAUAGCAAAUAACAACAAAAAUACGGAAACCAAACAUAAAAUGGUUUUGUUAAAAAUACAACGACAGCCAACAGCGCCGCCAUCAGUGGCAACAUUGCUGCACAGUGGCAGAAGUAAAAAUAAUUUGAUGCCAACAAGCUCGGCAGCAAUAACAGCAACAACAGCAACAACGACACAAAUAUGCAUGCCCAUAACGAUAGCGGGUACCUGCACACCCGCAGCCGUAGCAUCAGCAACAGCUCCAAGCUUAUGCAGUUCAAUGUCAGUUGCAUGCAAAGCAACAACAACAGCAACAUUAAUAACAACAACGCGUCCCUCAACAAUAAAUGUAAGAUCAACAAUAUCAACAACCUGCAACAAGGAUAGCAACAGCAAACGUAACAAAAACGAUAGCAACAUCAGCACGAAUAGUAAAGACAACAACAAUGCAAACGCUAUACAAAACUCCUUGAUGACACGUCUCUCGCCGCUAACUACCAGCUUGUCUACGAAUAGCUGGCGCAGUUGCAUUGUUGGCCUUGUUACGUUGUUGGUGUUUACAGCGAAUUUCAACAUCAGCGCCGGACAAAUCGAUUGGGAUGAUGAUGAUGAUCCAGUAUCCACCGUCGCCGUUGAGGCUGUGCUGGGACGCACCGCAACGCUGCCAUGUGACAUUGAGCCGGAAGCGAAGGAUGACAGAGUUUAUAUGGUAUUGUGGUUUCGUGAGAGUGCUGGCAAACCACUUUACAGCUUCGAUGUACGGGGGAGAGCUUUCGAAAAGGCGCUUUAUUGGUCAGAUACAAAUUCAUUUGGGCCACGUGCGUAUUUUGUAACAAAUCAACAACCUGCAAAAUUAACAGUCGAAAAUAUUCAACUAGACGAUGAAGGCGUGUACAGAUGUCGCGUCGAUUUUCAGAAUUCCCCAACGCGUAAUCAUAGAAUUAAUUUAACGGUUAUUGUUCCUCCACAUCAAAUUCUGGUUUACGAUGCUUCUGGACGUGAUGUCGCCGGCGCUGUGGGUCCACUGCUUGAGGGCGACAACAUUGUGUUGACAUGUGAAGUGCGUGGUGGCCGCCCUGAACCCGUCGUCACCUGGAUAAAUGGCACACGACAAUUGGAGUCUGGCAAUGGUGUAUCGAUGGGUCGUCAUGUCACUGUGAAUCGGCUGGAGGUGCCGAACAUCUCACGUUCGGCUCUCAACAAUACAUACCGCUGUCAAGCGUCAAAUACGAAAUUGGUGCCGCCAGUGGAACGUAGUAUACGCAUUGAAAUGUUGUUAAGUCCCACAUCUGUGAAUCUCACAAAUAAACUGAAAGUCUUCUCAUCUGGUAACCAAUAUAAUUUAACAUGUGUGGUCGCCGGUUCAGUACCCGAUACAGAGAUACGAUGGACGCAAAAUAAUCGACCUUUCAAACGAGGAACGCUAACGACAACACAAAGUAACGGCAAAGUAUUCUCAACCUUAUCCUUCCACCCUCAACCUGAAGAUGACGGUACACUGCUGAAAUGUGCAGGUUCAAAUCCACGUUUACCAAUCUCAGCAAUGGAAGAUUCACUUUUACUAAAUGUGAUGUAUCCACCACAAGUCACACUGUCGUUGGGUUCAACACUCAAACCGGAUGAAAUUAAAGAAGGCGAUGAUGUUUACUUUGAGUGUCACAUAAAGGCCAAUCCCAAGGAGCAUCGCAUAACGUGGUCACAUGAUGGUAUCCCAGUCACGCAGAAUGUCUCGUGGGGCGUCAUCAUUUCCACACGUUCGCUGGUGCUGCAACGUGUUGCACGCGUACAUGCUGGCUUCUAUGCGUGUGCGGCUGCCAAUGAUCGCGGCGAGACGCAAAGUUCACUGGUGAAUUUGCGUAUACGAUACGCUCCUGUUUGCAGCACAAGCACAAUGGUUGUGAUUGGCGCCUCACUCGAAGAGGCGGUACCCAUUCCAUGUCGCGUUAAUUCUGAUCCACCGGAAAUUGAUUUUGAAUGGACUUUUUCAACAAGCGGCGAACAUUUUGAAGUGCCAUCUGGUCAUUAUGCGACAAUACAGGAAGCGACCACCACUGGCGAUGUACAUCGUACUAUAAUUGAAGCGAACGAUACACAUUUCGAAACAUAUGUAGAAACCGUAAGCGAAUUGAUAUACACACCGAAGGGCGAAAGAGACUAUGGGACAUUGGCAUGCUGGGGCCAAAAUUCAAUUGGCAAACAAUCAGAGCCUUGUUUAUUUCAAGUGGUACCAGCAGCCAAGCCGGGCGCACUGCGUAACUGUACACUGCGUCCAUAUGUGGUGACCUCUGCGUCGCUAAAUUCAUCGAAUCAGACAACAAUGCAUAGUAAUCAGUUGAUGCCGGCACAAUAUGGACGGCACGAAUCAAAUUUUCCGCAUACGGAGUAUGUACGUGAGCGAAAUAAUAACAAUGACAAUGCCAGCAGCAACAACAACAACAAAAAGAACAUCAACAACAACAACAACAACAAGAGUAAUAAUAACAAUGGCAAUAUGAAGCACAAUGGUAAUGGCAGUAAAGUAGGCUUUGGCAGCAGCAGCAGUAGCAGCAGCAGUAGCAACAGCAAUAACAACAACAACAACAAUAGUAAAGGCAAUAAUAAAAUCAACAAUGUUGUUAAUAAGCAACAAGAGGGGGAGAGCAAAAAAAUAGCAAUUGCACAGCAAAAGAAACUGCAAUAUCUGCAGCAGCAGCAGCAGCAGCAACAACAACAACAGCAGCAACACCAACAACGACGCACGCCAUUAAGUGAACAACAGCGACAACAACAAUUACAACACCUGAAAAAACGUACAUCUUUUACGCCAUCUCAAACGCUGGCGGCAAUCAAGCGGCAUCAACAAGAACAACGACAACAGCAACAUCAACAACAACAACACAAUACGGCUGCCACAAGCAACGAGUCAUCAGACAAGGCGACAGCAAGCAAUGGCAAAAAAUUUGUAGCAGCUGCAACACGCACGCCAAAGCUUGAGCAAGGCGUCGGUGUGCGGCGUGCGGGCGCAGCUGUCCUUAGUAGAGGUGCCGGUGUUGGCGCUGAUGCUGGUGCUGCAGGCAACUUGGCUACAAUGGCGUAUAUCAAUAACAAAACUGAUGGAUUACCGACGAAGAUGCGAAUGGACAACAACAACAAUGACAACAAUAAACAUCGAGUAAAACGUGCUACUGAUGAGCGCGCAACAACGGCAACACAAUACAACAACACCAAGAAUAAAAAUAAAAGCAAGAGUUUGUCCAAGUAUAAGCAAAAGAUGAAGGCGCACAAGCAGUCAUUGGCAGCAAAGGAGCUGCGCCAUCAUCAACAGCAGCAGUCAAGAAAGCUCAACUCAAAACAGACGCAGAAGAAGAUGAAUGCGAGUAAAAGGCAGAAAUCAAAUUUAUCAUUGCCAACAGUUGCUGGCCCAGCAACGCUCCUCAUCAAUGGCAACCAUACGAUGAUGAGUAACAAAAGCAACAACAACAAGCAAGCACUAGCAACAAAAUACUACAAUCGGCGGCGAAAGAAUACACAUAAGCGUGAGGUGGCACGGGAGAUGAGCGAAGUAAUUCAUCACUCAACGGUAAUGGCAACAGCAACAACAACAACAGAUGAUAUUUCAAAGGAAACAGAAAAGGAAACAACGGCAGCAAGCGUAAAUGAUGCAUCUGUUAUAAUGUCAGCAAAGACGAGGCGAGCAAAAAGAGAAAUUGUAACUGCAACACCGGCAACAGCAGCAACAUCCAAAGCAAGCAGCGGCAAGAUAAGUGAAGAUUUAGCAGCAGUAAUAGCUCCGGCAACAGCUACGAGGAUAAACAAAGCAAUCAAAAUCAACAGUAAAGGCACCAGUGUCGGUGGCAACGGUGACUUCUCCUCACCACCCAUCGAUUCCAUUAACUCGGCGAAAAAUAAACAGCUGCAGCAACAAAGGCCGUCAUCAAUGGCCAACACAGGCAGUGCACCAAUUGCUUUAGCGGCUGCUACUGCUGACGAAGGCUUUGUUGAAAAGGUGCGCAUACGCAAAUCUUUGACAGCCAAAAACGCUGGAGAAUUGCCGUCUGUUGGUGACGCCAAGGUAAAUGUUGGUGGCAAAAGUGAACGCCACUAUUUGCAGCAGCACACCAAAGGCAGUCAUUACAUUAACAGCAACACCAACUUCACUAAUGCUAACAACAACAACAACAACAACAACAACAACAAUUACAACAAGCCGAAUAACAAAGCUAAUGCGCAAAGCGUCAAAGUCAACAAAGCCCACAACGCACCGCCCAGCGCGCCCCAAAUAAGCAAUCACGCUGUUGCCUUUCAUCAUCAGCAGCAACAACAGCAACAGCAUGAACAAAAGACACAAAAAGCACAAGAACGAGAGCAGCAGCAACAACAACAAAGCAUAACAAACACUAAUCGCAACAUCGAUGUUAUUGGCAUGCAACGCGCAAUUAAUGAUCUCGCCUCCGGCUCGGAUGAAAGUGGUCGCGCAACAGAGAUUUUUGGCAACAAAUUUAUUUAUGACGAUGAUGAUGUUGGCGCUGAGAUUGACAUGACGGCCGAUGAAGUGGAUGCUGAUACAGAUACAGAAGCAGAGGCAGAUGCAGACGCAGAUGCGGAGGCUGAACUGGAUGCAGAAUUGGUGGGCGGUACCGAUGAAGCUGACGACAUUGAUGUUGAUGAUGCGGAUUUAAAUAGCGUUAUCGAGUUGGAUGAAGAGUUAUUGCCACCCACAAUGAGCGCUUUGCAAAGUGCACUGCAUUUAACGGUCGAUACGGCAGAUGAGCCACACUUUGAUUAUUCACGCAUGGAAUAUAGUUUUAGUAAUGGCAUUGCGACGCACAGUCUGAUUGGCGGUAAUGGUAAUGGACAUGGCGUUGGCUUCGGUGGUCUCGAUAAUGUUGGUAUUGGUGGCGUUGGUGGCGGCGGUGGCGGCACAAUAAAUCUCGAGAACUAUGAUAAUAUUAUUUACUCAACAAUGGAAUUAGAAUGUAUGCCCGGUUAUGAUGGUGGCCUGCAGCAACAGUUCUUUCUGGAAGCUUACGAUUCUAAAACGAAAAAAUUGCGUUUGAAUACGUCAAGCACAUAUGCGGAUAUACCGAUAUUUCGUAUAGAUCUGAGUGAUUUAACAUCCAUGGAUUACUAUCCCGAUCCAAAUCCUGCUCUUCAUCUUGUUGUUUACAGCGCCAAUCAGAAAGGUCGCUCGGAGCCAAUUGUACUGGAAAAUAUUCCAAUCAAUGAAGCUGAGAAACGCACAGAUGGACGUAUGGCUUCCAUACUACCGUUAGCAGCCCUAAUUACUGGCUCUCUUUUUGCCAUUAGCAUUGCAGUGCUCUUCUUCGUGGUUGUCGCUAUUCGAAAGCGCAGAUGUCAAGGCGGAAGGAAUCUUUGCGACGACAAGGAUAAACAUUUAGGCAUGGAUGUCACCGUGACAGCGCCUUUGGAAACCGGAGCAGGGCAUCAACGCUUAGUGGUAGCUUAUACACUCAAACAGGGUAUCGAAAAGCAGCCCGAUAUAUUGAGCGCGCAAAAGAGUGCAACUGGCAGUGAUACAUCAUCGCCUAUAGGCAACAGACCGGGGGCACUAUAUCUUGGUGGCAGUGGUGCAGCUGGUAGCAAUUGUGGUGUUGCUGGUAACAAAUCAAACUUCACUACUGUGGCUAGUACAAAUGCGGCGUCGGAUUAUGAUAACUCUACCUUAAAUUACAACGACCCCAACAAUGCUACUGACCUACUCAAUAGUCCACCGUCCCAAUCGAGCACCCUGAAGCUAGGCACCGAAGUACGUAAAAAUUACCAAAGUCCCCAGCAGCCACUACUCUACGAUGCAUUGCCAUUGAACCGACACGAUAUCUCACGUUAUGAUCCGCUUGGUCUUAACUAUGGUGGCAGCAACAGUACACUGAAUUCCGCCGGCAGUGCCGGUACCACAUCCAACAACAUAAAUAAUCCACCUUCAAGUGCUGCUGCGUCACAUUCAUUACUACAGAAUAAUCUGAGCAAUGGACAUUUUGUCAAUCAUCAUACACUGCCACACCCCUCAGCUACAGCUCCACAUGCGAGCUUUCAACAUCACUUGCAACAACAGCAACAGCAACAACAUCAAUCAACAUUACCUACUGAUGAACAACUAUCCAUUGCCGAUUAUCUCGCAGCGAGUAGCUUAAUCGAUUAUAAUUUAAGCAAAGCGGCAGUGGGGUUGCCACCUGGUAUGGGAGGAGGUGGUGGCGGCGGCGGCAGUAGUGGUCACAUGACUUUACCCAAAGGCUUGGGCAUAGGUUCAUUAUUGGGUAUCAAUGGCAGCGGCGGUAGUAAUAGCAAUGGUGGGCUACUAUCCCAGAGUUCGCAUGCAGCGAGCAUGACACCAACAGCAACGAUUACACAAAAAACGAAUACAAAUCGAAAUCAUAUUAUAACGGACACAUUACCGGGUCCGGAGAGUUGUGUUUAAGUUACUUAAAAAUAUAUCGAGCAUAUGGAUUUGUUUUUGAAGGAACUACAAACACAUUUACAUCCAUAACUACAUAAUUGCUAUGUACUUAUGUAAAAUAUUGAUAACUAUAUUAAGUAUAUAUUUAGUAUAUUAAAAUAUAUAAAAAUGCAGAAAAGGAAAAAUUUGCGCGAAACCCAUCUAAAACUUCGCAAAAGUAAAAAAAAGACUGGUGCAAAAAGUAGUUAAAAACUGUUACUAUAAAAAAAUGCACACACACGUACAUAUAAAAGCAUAUUCACAACUGCAAAGAUUACUUUGUAUAUACUAUUAUUUUAAUUGAUGGAUUAAAUUUGGCGAUCAAGAUCUUACAUAUAUAUACAUAUAUAAUAUGUAGGUUGUUUGUAACCGCCGAAGUGAAUUUUGACCAAGCUCCUCUUCCGAUUUGAAUGUCUUUCCAAUAAAUGGAGACACUUACAGUUUAUAUAAAGCUGCUUCCAAACGACUGACGGACCCUUAUGAGGAGGAGAUUAAAUUAAUUUACGGUUUAAUUUAAAUUAAUUAAUUUUCUAUUCACCGUUCCCCUGGCCCUCCG